CAGCCCAUCGAAGCACUUUCACUUUUCGCCUUGUGUGAGGGAGGAUGGCGCGAGGAGGCCUCGCUGUCAUCCAUUAAAAAAAAAAAAAAAAAAAAAAAAAAAAAAAGGACACGCGCUCAAAAAGGACACGCGCUCACGUUGGAAGCUUCUAGGUCAGCCCCUUCAAAACAAAAGCUUGUCUUGGAAGGUUUUUAGUGGUGGUUGGUGGCGGUGAGUCCAAGCCAAGCCAAAGCAAAGCAAAUCAGGAUGGCGUGAGAGAGGAUCCACGCUGGAAAGUACCGCCACCAGGAACAGGCUUCCACUUUCCACUGGGAGGACGCCAGCAGCGCUCCGUGUGGUGUGUCAAAGACCCCGGGAACUUUGCCUCUCCCAGACUGACACAGACUGAAAGGCCUGUUGUCUGCGUGGACGCGGGAUCGCUGGCCAGCACAGAAAUGGAGACGUGUCCUUUUUUAGAAAGAUAAAAGGAUGUCACUACCAGUUUUGCUUUUGCUAUCACUCUUGACUGUCCAAUGCGGUGGAUGUGACUUCGACUGGGAGGUGGUGAAGAACGUGAAAACGACCAUUGACGCAAACCCGACCGGAUUUCGGACAGUGUUUCCCAAAAAUUACUAUGUGUCCCACCGCUACACAAAGAGCAUGCUCUGUGACACGGACCCGUGUUGUGUGUUCCCUGCUGCAAUCAUCCUCCUGGAGUCCUGGAAUGUUCUUCUAAGCAACCUCUGGGACCAACACCUCAACCGCUCCUUGGUCUUUGACCUCAAGCACACACUGGAGAGAAUCAUCAGAAAGAAUAAAAACACAGAGAGGUUCCAGGAGGAGAUGGACGCGUCCCAGCUCUCCCCGCUGUUGUCAUCCCCCGAGGAUCUGCUGAAGCUGACGUCGGAGGUGUUCCAGCGUUGGUUGGAGGUGGGAUGCUCGCCGUCCAUCCAAGUGUGCGACAUCCCCACCCUGCCACCCCCCGUGGAGAGGGCAUUGCUGCGUCCGGCCAGGGCGAGGCUGAUCACCACGCGAGCCAUCAGCAGCAGCAUGGAGGAGGGCGAGCGGGCCUCCGUGAUCGAUGUUACGCCGCCUUCGUCCGGUGGCGCGGCCGCCUCGCUUUCGGUGCGUCCUGCCUCCGCAAGGAGCCUCGUUCUGCUGGGACUCUACUGGUGGUUGUUGCCAUAGCAACCUGAAAAGGAUGCGAGACAUUUGCUGGCACUGAAUGUUUUCUUGAUUUGUCUUGUUGAUAUGAAGUGACAUGCGCAGGUUGCAUUUAAAUUUGUUGUUGUGCUGCUGUUAGCCUCUGAUACCACUCUUAACAUGCUAGCAUAGUCCACUCGUAGCCUUCCUCAGCUAGCUUGACAUGCUAGCAUAGUCCACUCAUAGCCUUCCACGGCUGGCUCGACACGCUAGCAUAGUCCAUUCAUAGCCUUCCUCGGCUAGCUCGACAUGCUAGCAUAGUCCACUCAUAGCCUUCCUCCGCUAGCGCAAUGUGCUAGCAUAGUCCACUCAUAGCCUUCCUCCGCUAGCUUAAUGUGCUAGCAUAGUUUACUCAUAGCCUUCCUCCACUAGCUUAAUGUGCUAGCAUAGUUUACUCAUAGCCUUCCUCCGCUAGCGCAAUGUGCUAGCAUAGUCCACUUAUAGCCUUCCUUUGCUAGCUCAACAUGCUAGCAUAGUCCACUCAUAGCCUUCCUCCGCUAGCGCAAUGUGCUAGCAUAGUCCACUCAUAGUCUUCUUCAGCUAGCUUGACACGCUAGCAGAGUGCAUUCAUAGCCUUCCUCGGCUAGCUCAACAUGCUAGCAUAGUCCACUCAUAGCCUUCCUCCGCUAGCUUAAUGUGCUAGCAUAGUUUACUCAUAGCCUUCCUCCGCUAGCGCAAUGUGCUAGCAUAGUCCACUCAUAGUCUUCUUCAGCUAGCUUGACACGCUAGCAUAGUCCACUCAUAGCCUUCCUCCGCUAGCUCAACGUGCUAGCAUAGUCCACUCAUAGUCUUCUUCAGCUAGCUUGACACGCUAGCAUAGUCCACUCAUAACCUUCCUCGGCUAGCUCAACGUGCUAGCAUAGUCCACUCAUAGCCUUCCUCAGCUAGCGCAAUAUGCUAGCAUAGUCCACUCACAGCCUUCCUCCGCUAGCUUAAUGUGCUAGCAUAGUUUACUCAAGGCCUUCCUUCGCUAGCGCAAUGUGCUAGCAUAGUCCACUCAUAGUCUUCCUCAGUUAGCUCGACACGCUAGCAUAGUGCAUUCAUAGCCUUCCUCCGCUAGCUUAAUGUGCUAGCAUAGUUUACUCAUAGCCUUCCUCCGCUAGCUCAACAUGCUAGCAUAGUCCACUUAUAGCCUUCCUUUGCUAGCUCAACAUGCUAGCAUAGCCACUCAUAGCCUUCCUCCGCUAGCGCAAUGUGCUAGCAUAGUCCACUCAUAGUCUUCUUCAGCUAGCUCGACACGCUAGCAUAGUCCACUCAUAACCUUCCUCAGCUAGCUCAACGUGCUAGCAUAGUCCACUCAUAGCCUUCCUCAGCUAGCGCAAUAUGCUAGCAUAGUCCACUCAUAGCCUUCCUCCGCUAGCUUAAUGUGCUAGCAUAGUUUAGUCAUAGCCUUCCUCCGCUAGCGCAAUGUGCUAGCAUAGUCCACUCAUAGCCUUCCUCAGCUAGCGCAAUAUGCUAGCAUAGUCCACUCACAGCCUUCCUCGGCUAGCUCAACAUGCUAGCAUAGUCCACUCAUAGCCUUCCUCCGCUAGCGCAAUGUGCUAGCAUAGUCCACUCAUAGUCUUCUUCAGCUAGCUUGACACGCUAGCAGAGUGCAUUCAUAGCCUUCCUCGGCUAGCUCAACAUGCUAGCAUAGUCCACUCAUAGCCUUCCUCCGCUAGCUUAAUGUGCUAGCAUAGUUUACUCAUAGCCUUCCUCCGCUAGCGCAAUGUGCUAGCAUAGUCCACUCAUAGCCUUCCUCCGCUAGCGCAAUGUGCUAGCAUAGUCCACUCAUAGUCUUCUUCAGCUAGCUCGACACGCUAGCAUAGUCCACUCAUAGCCUUCCUCAGCUAGCUAAGCUCUCUUCCUGCUAACACCAGUACACACAAACUAAAUCAUUCUUUUCCUAAUGUUACUUUUGGAUGAAAAUGGAAAUUAAAUACAAUUAGACAUAUUUGCUCCACUUGUUUUAGCAGGCGAAUGUUCCUCAUUUUAUGCACUUAUACCUUGGUUAGCGUACGCCCUGCUUAGCGUUUUGUCUGGUUUGCAUACAUUGUCAUCUAGACUGAACUUCCCAGGCACACGGAAUAUUGUGUUCUACGGCUAUAUAAGCACGGAAGCUACCGAGAGAAAGAUUAAAAUAUCGUCUACCUUUUCCCGUUCUUCAGUAAUCAGCAGUAAAACAUAGGUAGGUUUCAGGAAAAUAUCAGUUACCCACUAAAAGAAAUAUUUGUGAAAAGGCUAAAUGUAAGAACUAUGAUUCCUUUGGGGGACCUCAGCACUGAUUUGGUCCCACAUGAUAAGCAUCGUGUAUUUUCCAUAUACAAUAUGGAAAUUAUGCCUUUCCUAUGAAUACUUGGUAAACCAUGCAUGUAUGUAGAUAUGAAUCAUAGAUCAUAAGGAUCAACAAUGAUGACAGCAGCCUUGUUAUUUCCAUUUCUGGUUGAUUUGUAUGCCGGCGACGAUUAAAUGUUCCUUUGUUGCCUCAUAAAGACAGCAGGUGGAAUACAGGAAGUGCAUACCGCCACCUAGCGGUGGGAAUCGUUCAUGGACAAAAACACUGACUGGCACACUUUCCUUCUCCACAAAACAAUCAAUACUUGUUCAAAAUCAUACCCACCUUUAUAAAAUAUGACAUAGGUUGAAAAAGUCCUGAAAAAAAUAAAAA